CCAAGGUAAAUGUGGUAACAUAACAUUCUGUCAACAUAACCUAAAACUUUUUAUAUGGUAAACAAAUCUAUAGAAAAGAUUCUAUACGAACUGACAAGAUGCCGCAAUGUUUUCAUGUUCUUCGAUGUUUUAACUGCAAUUUAUUUCAAGUAAUUAUAAUUAAACAUAGUGGACAUCAAGUCAAAAAAAUUCCAAAGUGGAUUUGUAAAGUGUGUGGUGAAAAACAGUCUGUAAAGAAGGUAUUUGGUAAUGGAACAGGAAAGGAAUGUAGACUGUUUGUACAAGAAUUAAAUGAGAAGCAAAUAUUAAAUGACUCGAUAACUAGUGAAAACUUUGAAAGGGAAUAUGAACGUCCUAAUGUAUUGAGGAAAGAAGAUGAAACUAUUAUUAAUAUUUUUAAGAAUGAAGAUGUAAUUGCAAAAAGUAAAUGGGAAGAGUUUAAAAGUUCUUCCGAGGAUGAGGAUCAGGCUACAAAUGCAGAUGAUGCAUCUUCAACUUUUUGUUUCCAGUUGCCUCAGAAAAAGAGGGCUAAAAAUAAACAAGGAACAUCAAAUAAAAGGAAGAGGAAUGAAAAUGAUAAUGGCAAUGUUAAUAAAUGGGAAACCUCAAAGAUAAAAGUCAUGCAAGAAGAUUGUCAUGAGAACUACACACAGAUUUCACAAAAUGAUAAUUAUGUAAAGUCAAAAAUAAAAAAUUAUAAGACUAGUGAUGUUCACCAAAGUACAUUACAUUCAUUGGACAACAAAAUAUUGGAAGAAAUACCUUGUGAAUCAAUAAUAAAAAAUAAAUAUAUCAAAAAUAAUGAACUUAAAGUUACUACAAAUGAUUUAAAUAACAAAACUAUAAAUACACAUAGUAAAUGGAAUGAAUGUUUGGAUGAUCAAAUAGAUGAAACUGGACUUGAACGAUGUAUCUCUGAGAAAUCUAUAAAUAACAGAUGGGAUGAAUCUGUAGAAGUGAAUGUUAAUGAUAUAAAUGAAAAAGAAGAAAUUUCAGAUAAUUUAAGAAACGUUGAAAAGGAAUCUAAUUUUGAAAAUAACGAUGUACCUAGCAAGAAGUCAAUAUUUGAAUCAGAAGAUGACAAUUUUAAUUUUGAAAUUUAGAUUAAAGAAUUUAACCGAUAUUUGUGUUAUAACUAUAUGUAAAUGAAUAUUUAUUUGUCGUAUUUAUUAAUAAAUUAUAUUUUUUUU